GUCUUACCAUCGUUAGAUAUACCAUAGUUGCCAGACUUCAUCUGGUCAGUUUACUGAAGGCAUCCGAAAACAUCACUUACCACAGCCGAUUGCCAAGAUCAAAAUGAUUUGGCUUUUCGGUAUUAUCGCUUCAUUAUGUCAUUUUGCAUAUACUGCAGAACCCCCUCAUAGUAGGCCACAAGAUAUAGCAUUAUAUAAUGUAAACGAAUCUGAAGAGAGAGCAAAAAUUGUAUGUUAUUAUAGCGCUUGGGCAUAUUCUAGACCUAAACCCAUGAAUUACGAUAUCGAAGAUAUACCCGGAGAAUAUUGUACACAUAUUAUUUAUUCAUUUGUGGGUUUAGAUAAUAGAACUUGGGGUCUAUUUUCUAUCGAUCCGCAAUACGAUUUAGAAAAAGGUGGUUAUAAACGUUUUGUAAAUUUAAGAAUAAAAUAUCCCCAUUUAAAACUCUUGUUGGCUGUUGGUGGAUGGGCCGAAGGCGGUAGAAAAUAUUCUGAAAUGGUUUCUGAUAAAAGUAGAAGAGAUAUAUUUGUUGCUAGUGCAGUAAAAUGGCUUCUAGAUUUUGGUUUCGAUGGUUUCGAUUUGGAUUGGGAAUAUCCUGGUGCAGCCGAUCGAGGAGGACGUUAUUCUGAUAAGGAUAACUUUCUCAAACUUGUUCAGGAAUUGAAAAAAGCAUUUGAACCUCAUAAACUCCUAUUGACAGCUGCAGUACCAAUUCCGAAAUUCAGAUUGCAAGAAGGAUAUCACGUUAAAGAACUUGCUGAAUUACUUGAUUAUAUCCAUGUGAUGACCUACGAUUUACGUGGGAAUUGGGCUGGAUUUGCUGAUGUCCAUAGCCCUCUUUAUCGUCGUCCUUUCGAUCAGUGGGCUUAUGAAAAACUGAAUGUGCACGACGGAUUACAACUAUGGGUAGAAUAUGGUGCUCCCAAGCGCAAACUUAUAGUUGGUGUACCUUUCUAUGGUAGAACUUACACUCUAGGUAGUAAAUCUAAUACGGAAUUGAGAGCGCCCAUCAAAAAAUGGAUCGGUGGCGGAGAAGCUGGUCCUUACACUAAUGCUUCUGGUUUUCUGGCUUAUUACGAGAUAUGUCCUCAUAUUAUAUCAAAAGAGUGGACGAAAAAAUACGAUGAUAUUGGAAAAUGCCCUUAUGCUUAUUAUGAAGAUCAAUGGAUUGGUUACGAAGAUGUGGAUAGCAUCGGGAUCAAGAUGGAUUUCAUCAAAGAACAUAAAUAUGGUGGUGGUAUGAUUUGGGCUAUAGACAUGGAUGAUUUUCAAGCUGUAUGUGGUGAAAAAAAUGCGCUUCUCAAAGUUAUGAAUGAACGCCUCAGAGGAUAUCAAGUGCCAACACCUUCAACUACUACAACCACUCCUCCUUCAACAACUGUAACAUCAGGAGCAUCACAGGAAGUCUUUAAAACUACUAAGGAAGUUUCUAUUGCUACUGACAGCAAAUUAAAAACAGAAUCAACAGAACCAAGUAAUUCAACACCAUUCACACAAUCAACUUUUGCUCAACCAUCUACAGCAUCACCCGGUACAGUAAACUGUGAAAAUGAAUCAAAUACAUAUUUUCGUCAUGAGGAAGACUGUUCUAAAUAUUAUCGUUGCAACCACGGAGAAGCAUAUAUACUGAGUUGUCAAGGGGGAACUUAUUGGAAUCAAGAUAAAUUAAAUUGUGAUUGGCCAGAGAACGUUCCCGAAUGUAAAGCUGGGGAAAGACGUAACAUUCCAAUAUUUUCGUAAUGAUUUGUUUCUCUUCAGAAAUGAUAAUCUAAGUUUUUAAAUUUGGUUAUGUAAAAUCAUUAUAUCUGAGAAAUUUGUAAACAAAUCUGUCAUUAAAAUUGAAAUUAAAAA